CCCGCCCCGGAGUUGUCUAAACUCUCGGGGGCCGGAGCGCGGCGUGCAGAGACCUCGCAGGCGGGUCGCAGCAUGAGUCGCCACUUGGAUCUGGUGCGGAGCUUCCUGGAGCAGCUGGAGGCCCGGGACCGCCGGGAGGGAGCAAUCCUUGCCCGCGAGUUCAGCGAUAUUAAGGCCCGCUCAGUGGCCUGGAAGACUGGAGGUGUGUGCUCCACUAAGGUCGGAAGUCGGCUCGGGAACACGAGGAAGAACCGCUACAAAGACGUGGUGCCAUAUGAUGAGACGCGCGUGAUCCUUUCCCUGCUCCGGGAGGAGGGACACGGAGAUUACAUCAAUGCCAACUUCAUCCGGGGCACAGAUGGAAGCCAGGCCUACAUCGCGACACAAGGACCCCUGCCUCACACUCUGUUGGACUUCUGGCGCCUGGUUUGGGAGUUUGGGGUUAAGGUGAUCCUGAUGGCCUGUCAAGAGACAGAGAACGGACAGAAGAAGUGUGAACGUUACUGGGCCCAGGAUCACGAGCCACUGCAGACCGGGCCCUUCUGCAUCACCCUGACAAAGGAGACACCAGUGAAUGCAGACGUUGUUCUCAGGACCCUCCAGGUUACAUUCCAGAAGGAAUCCCGCUCUGUUCACCAGCUACAGUACAUGUCCUGGCCAGACCACGGUGUUCCUAACAAUCCCGAUCACAUUCUCACCAUGGUGGAGGAGGCCCAUCGCCUCCGAGGAGCUGGCCCUGGACCCCUCUGUGUCCACUGCAGUGCUGGCUGCGGACGAACCGGUGUCCUGUGUGUUGUCGAUUACGUGAGGCAGUUGCUGCUGACCCAGACAAUCCCACCCAAUUUCAGCCUCUUCAAUGUGGUCCUUGAGAUGCGGAAACAGCGGCCCGCGGCAGUGCAGACGGAGGAGCAGUACAAGUUCCUGUACCACACAGUGGCCCAGCUCUUCUCCCGUACUCUCCAGAACACCAGCCCCCACCAUCAGAAUCUCAAGGAGAACUGUGCCCCAAUCUGCAAGGAUGCCUUGUCCCUCAGGACCUCCCCAGCCUUGCCCGCCUCAUCCCGCCCACCAGGUGGGGUUCUCAGGAGCAUCUCGGUGCCCGGGCCCCCGACCCUUCCCAUGGCGGACUCGUACACGUACGCUGUGGUGCAGAAGCGUGGCGCCCCCGCGGGCACAGGGCCCGCGACACGAGUGCCCAGCAGCGCGGACACCACGCUCUACAGCCACGUGGCCCCGCGUUCCCAGCGGCCGACGACACACACCGAGGACGCCAGGGGCACGUCGCCCCCGAGCCACGUUCCUGCGGAUCAAAACCCUCCCGGGCCUGAUGCCUAUGAAGAAGUAACAGAUGGAGCGCAGACUGGUGGUCUAGGCUUCAACUUGCGCAUUGGAAAACCCAAAGGGCCACGGGAUCCUCCAGCGGAGUGGACACGGGUGUGAGUGCUGUACCAGUUUCGGCCAGUCUCCCAGUGGUGGCUGGACUUCUGCAGCUGCCAUGCUGCUGUGCACUGUGUUGGGAAUGGGACUUGUGGGUCUGCAUCAAAAUAAAAGUUUCUCAGGGC